UUGAUACAUUCGUUGCUUCAGCCUUCACCUUCAGAGUCCAUUUACACUAAUCCCUAAUUCGUUUACAAUCGAUCAAAGUGAGCACUGAGCAGUGAGCAGCACAGCAGCGACCUAAUUUCUAAUCUCCAUAGCAAGACCCAGCAAGCCAGCAUCCAUUGACAGGAGAUAAGAAGAUAAAGUAUGGAUGAUGAUUUGCUGCAGCAACAAACUCAAAAUCCUCGUACAGAUGAAGGGAUACAUGUUAAUCUGGAAAACGAAAAGGUACCAACUGGUGAAAAACAAGAUGAGUUGCGUGAUGAGAAGACUAAAAAGAUUUCGCCGGCUUGGGAGUAUUUUGUUAAAUUAGAAGGCUGUCCAGUUGGUAAAGAAAAGGCCAAGUGUCGGUUGUGUAACGUGGUAAUUGGAUGUUUUUCACGAAAUGGUACAUCGGCAAUGAUGAAUCAUUUGAAAACGGGGCAAGGGAAUUCAACUUCCAAAAUUCAAACUAAUCAAUCGGAUGAUUCAUGGAAUGAUGAUUUUGAAAAGUACAUGGAUGAUAGAGAUCAAGGAGGGACGGGAAAGACGGAACUUGAUGUCUACUUGGUUGAUGCAAGAGAAAGAAAAGGUGAAGUUUUUGAUAUAUUAGAAUGGUGGAAGAUGAACUCCACAAGAUUUCCAAUACUUUCUAAGAUUGCUAGGCAUGUACUGGGAAUGCCAGUUUCUUCGGUCGCCUCAGAAGCUGCGUUUAGCACUAGUGGAAGGACAAUUGAUGCCUACCGAAGCUCGCUUUCACCAAAAACAGUUGAAGCUUUAAUUUGUAGCCAAGACUGGCUAAGAACUUCAGAAAUUAUCACUGAUCUAAGAGGGGAACCUGAAGACUAUUUACAACUUGAGAAGUUAGAAAAUGAUGAGCUAAAAGUCACUGGAAAUACCUUUCAAUACUUGGAUAUCGAUGAUUAGAUCCGAAAAGGUAAGUAUGUAUGAGAAUUUAGGACAUCAAUGUUAAUCUGUUUUUGGUUUCUGUAAGUAUCAUAUACAUCAGGCGGCUAGAUGUUUGCUGCUUGAUUUUUCUGUAAUUAUGAGAUUAUCCUAAUAUUGACCUGUCUCAAAUACUUUGGCCUUUCCAGGUAUUGAUACAAAAUCAGAAAGAAGAUAAAAUAGUGAUGCUUGACUUUUUUUCUUUUAUUGUAUCAUUCUCCUUUUGCACUUUUUUAUUAAUUCCAUUUGAAAUUGAGAAUUCUGGCUUGUGUGCAGAUCACGAUUUGCGCGACUAAAUUAUAUUGUCAGCAGCAUCAAUCAGGUUGCUUAUAUUGUAAUAUCCUUCCUGUAAAGUUAAGAGUGACAAAACUUUCUGGUUUUGGACCAUCAAGGAAUUAAGUCAGCUUUACUGAAUCUUAAAUAUUGUUUGUUUUGUAGUCUAAGCGUGUAACUUUGUUCGUAUUGCCCUUCCAGAAUAUAAUAACAGUGUGCAUAAGUAAAACUUAUUUUCUCUUUGCUCUCUUUCUAAUAAUCAAAUGUUGGGGGAUAUGUAGCAUAGACAGAGAAGUAGACUUAUUUUAUGUUGAAGUAGACUAAUUAUUCAUCUCAUUCUUGCAUAGUCAGUCUACUGCAAUACUGCAUAUGGUACUAAACUACUAAUUGUCAAUUAGUAAUUGAUAUCUGAUCCCAUUUUUGUUCCUUUCAGGAGGAAUAUGUGGCUGGAGACGAAGUCGAGAAGCUGUUGCUGAGAUUGUGGCAUUUUAUUACUCUAUUAUCUUGAAUUCUUAUUUUGGAAGUACAAAUAUUGUAAUAUUAAUUUCUCGUAUUUUGAGUGAAUGAAGACUUUCGGUGUUUA